AUGAAUACUUCAUCUUUGUUUAUUGUUUUGGUCGCACUCGUGACCAUCACUGCCGCAGUUGACAACGGACUUGGUCUUACUCCUCAGAUGGGUUGGAACAGCUGGAACUACUUCGCCUGUAACAUCAAUGAGACAAUCAUUAUGGAGAUGGCACAGGCUAUGGUCAGCAGUGGUAUGGCCGCUGCCGGAUAUCAAUACAUCAACAUUGAUGACUGCUGGGCCUACUCCAGAGACAAGAACACACAUGUCAUUCAAGCUGACCCAAAGACUUUCCCACAUGGUAUCGCCUACGUUGCCGACUAUGUCCACUCACUUGGAUUGAAGCUUGGAAUCUAUACUGAUGCUGGCACUGAGACUUGCGCUGGCCGCCCAGGCAGCUAUGGAUACGAGGAGAUUGAUGCCCAGACUUACGCCUCAUGGGGCAUCGACUACUUGAAGGAGGACUGGUGCCACACUAGCAAGGACGUACCCUUGGAGCGCUAUGCCGUCAUGUCCAAGUCACUCAACCAGACUGGCCGUCCAAUCUUCUUCUCGCUCUGCGACUGGGGCACGGACAACCCAUGGGAGUGGGGACCCACCGUCGGCAACUCGUUCAGAACCACCGGCGACAUCAAGGACAACUGGGACAGCUUCAUGAACAACCUGAUGCUGCAGGUGCCCAUCACCUCCUACUCGAUGAUCGGCGGCUGGAACGAUCCAGACAUGCUCGAGGUCGGCAACGGCGGUAUGACCAACACUGAGUACAUCUCGCACUUCUCGCUCUGGUCGAUCAUGUCGUCGCCACUCAUUGCCGGUAACGACCUGAGAAACAUGGACGCCCAGACCCUGGCCAUCCUGACCGCCUCCGAGGUCAUUGCCGUCAACCAAGACCAACUUGGUCGUCAGGGUGCCCUUGUGCGCUCAAUCAACGGCGGUCUCCAGCAGAUCUGGGGCCGCAUGCUCGCCGAUGGCUCUCGCGCCGUCGUCCUCUUCAACUCUGACACCGCCACCUCAGACAUCCAGUUGCUGUGGUCCGAUAUCUGGUUGAUGUCUGGUCAGUCCAUGAACGUCCGCGACCUCUGGGCACGCCAAGAGCUCGGUGUCUACACGGGCAGCUACAUGGCCAUCAACAUCCCAGCUCAUGGAAGUGUCAUGCUCCGUGUUUAC